AAAACAUUCAGAUUUUUUCAGAUUGGUAUUUCAUAUUUUGAAACAGUCUCAUUUAACGUCAGGCUCAUUGCGUAUUCGGUUAAUGAUUUUAUAUUUAUCACUAUCAGUUCAACAAACAUGGUGUGACACUUUGUAUUAUUCGCAUGCGUGCUGUGAACGCAUACAAUAAAGUAACAUCUGAUCUUUAACUGCUCGCUGUAUUGUCCGUGUUAUUUAUGACAGCGAUCAUGUUUUGAGCCGUUACUUCUAUUAUCAACAUUUCAUCGGGCCUACAUCUAAUUAAAAUACGGUGUGUGUGUGGGUAUGGAGUUGUGUGCGUGUGUGUGUUUAUUAAGAGCUUUCCAGUUGAUAUUUUGAAUUCAUCAAAGAGUGCUUGUUCAGUAUCAUUGAAAUUGAAAAAUGGCACUGCAACGUACAUCUAUCGCACUCCAAACUAUCAGAAAUCUAAGGAGAAUUGAUGGAGAAACGAAGUUACAUUUUCGACCAAGAACAACAACACCUUCGGGUGCUAUUCUACCAGAACCAAAAAGAAUACGUUUCGGCUUUUUGCGUGUUAUUUCCGGCGUCGUAACAGGAUUGAUCAUAGGAACUAAUUUAAGCAAAAUGAUAGCUAAUUUUCUCGAAGAAAAAGAACUAUUUGUACCUUCGGACGAUGACGACGACGACGAUUAAUUUACGGUACGCACUUUACUUGAAGGCAAAACUCCAAUCUAGUCCUAGUUUACCUAACUUAUGCUUUUCACACAAGGCCUUAAUCAACCUUUUUACGUGUCCUUAAAAUAUCUUUGUAUAAACACGUUCUUCCUAGUUCCUCGAUAGUUAUAUAUCGUACGAUGCUAUUGUUUAAUCUUUUUUCGCGAGGAAAAUAGGCUUCAUUUUUACAUAUCGUUUUCUGUUUCAAGAUCUGUGACAAUUUAUGGGAAGAUAUAAAAUGGUGUAACGUGUCUGAUCUUUGGACAGCACGUUUUACAUAUACAGUUCUGACUUACUAUAAAAUCAAUUAUAUGCAGUU